UACGACGCGUUUGGCACAAAGGAAUUAAAUUAUUUUACAAAUUAACAGACAUAUUUUAUAUGAGAUUUCACGCCAUUUUCUAAUUUCCUAUAUGCCCGGUGAGUUCUCUUCUUUGGAGAUUGUCCAGGGGGGCUUUCUCUUUGGGUGGAGAAGAGAGGGCAUAAAUGGACAGAGGAAAAGAAAAGGUCAAGUACGACGAGGCUGAGGUCAAUCAGCCGAGGCCGAGGGGGCGGGGCGGGAGGCGGCCGCGAUAUCCCUCCCUGCAGGAGCAACAGAGGUUCCUCUGGGAGAUUCCCAUCCCCAGGCCGGCCAACAGGAGUUCGCUGUGGGUCAGGUUCAAUGCUGACCUGUCCAGCUCGGAGUCCAGCGAGGAGUUCGAAGUCGGUGGGUCGAGCAUUGGGUCCACCACGGGGCAGGAAUGCGAGAUGCCUCCGCCGAGGAGUGGUGGCCCCAUUACUGAUGACACUGAUGGGCUGAUAAACAGCAUGCCUAGUACAGGCCAAGCACCCGAAAAAGGAGGGCCGGGGAGCACCGAACUCCACAUUGGACAGGAGGUUUCCGGUGUCAUUGUUGGAGAAUUCCCUCGCGGUUACUAUGUGAGGCUGAUGAUCGGCAACUCCGAGGUGGCCUAUCCAGGCGUUGUCUUCAAGCCGGAUAGUUUCAACCCCUUUCUCGAGGAGAACAACAGAAAUCUAAACGAGAUUCCCGUCCCGAGCAUGAACUCUGUGAGUGCUGCGACGGCUUCUGCAGGUGCUGGAGCUAACUCGCAGGUGAUUGGCGGGGCGAUCAACUGGGAAGUGUUGAAUGUGGGGGAACAGCUGAGCGAAGAGAAUCUUGCGUCAGAGGAGGCACUGAAGGAGGCAGCUAUGAGGUCGAUGAAGCUGCCGGAGAAUGUGUCCGAUGAACAGGUGUCGAAGAUCAUAGAGAGAGUCCAUACCAAGUCCAUUGGGCGGGAGCCCCUGCAUUCUGCUGCGGAGUCCAAUCUUGGGGCUGCUGUUGCUGCUGCUCGUCGCGAACUCCAGGACUUGGUAAAGAUGGUUCAACAAGCUCUAGCAAUGGGAUGUGCAGCUCCAGCACCAGAUCAUAAUGUCAAAAACGAGUCAGAUGCCGAGUCGAGUGCAUGAUAGCUCUCUUAGUGACUUAGAACUUUAAACUUGAUAUUUCAGUUUAAUCGCUUCGGGACAACUCUGGAUCUAUCAUCUAUCUUUACAAUUUUUUUUUUGGAUGAAACAUCAUUUAACUUUUCAUGUUAUUGCAUGUUCUGGAAAGACUUUCGCGUUAAACAC